GUAUCGUUUACAUUAAACCCCUGUCUGCGUCCACCAAGUCAAAAGCGUUCCUACUUCUUCCGUCGAGAACCGAAGAUUCCUCCUACCAUGGCCUCAGCACCAAAGCUCCCGUGGCAUCCCAUUCCCGGUUCACCAAGCGGAACAACGUGCAAAGUCCACCUGAUCCAAGCCGGUGGUCUCAUGAUCCCCUACGACCGCGUCUUCCUCCCCGGCCCGAAGCAAAGCAGUCACACGCUCUCCCCAGACUACGACCCUUCGAAAAGCGAAAAAUAUUACGUGCCGGACUAUUGCUUCCUCGUCGAGCACCUGCCAACAGGCGAUCACUACAUCUUCGACCUCGGGAUGCGCAAUGAUCUCGAAAACCUGCCGCCCCUCAUCAAGAAGGACACCUUGCCUGUGUUUACUCCGUACCCCAAGAGCCCAGCGGAUAUACUAAAGAAGCAUGGGAGUCCGGAUCAGCAGCCUGAGAAGGUAAAGGCAGUGCUUUUCUCGCAUAUACACUUUGACCAUGUGGGUGAUGGGGCGAAGGCAGGGUUCACGAACGCCGAAUUGUGGGUCGGGCCUACGACGUGCACGUAUGCCAGGCCUGGGUAUCCCGAGUCCGAGGGGGCGCCUGUGUUGUCUGAGAAUUUCCCUACCGAUGGAAGUAGGAAGAUUGUAGAGGCAUAUGUCAGUGAUGAGCGAUUGAAAAAGGAUAACGACAGCAGGGUGGGCAAGGUAGUGCAAGGGAAGAAAGAGGGAAAGUACGAAGCUGUGGAGUUAAGAGAUGUAGGCGACGGUGGAUGGAUAGGCCUCGGGUCUUUCGAUCGCGCGUUCGAUGUCUUUGGUGAUGGGUCGGCGUAUGUGAUUGACGCACCAGGGCAUUCGCCGGGUCAUCAGAUGCUGCUUGUCCGCGUUACUGCGUCUGCGCGUUUGGAUACAUCAGCUUCGUCGUCUGAUAAGGACAGUUUUGUUCUCCUGGCAGGCGACUGUUAUCAUCAUCCAGACCUUUUGAAAGAUCCUGAACGCACAGCGCGUCCACCUUAUUCGAAGGGUUCGAUGCAUGCUGAUCCCGAAGUAGCGGUCGAGACCAUACAUCGCACGCAAGCCUUUGCGCACAGAGACAAUGUAUGGGUUAUGGCGGCGCAUGACUUCAGCGUUGGCGAGGCUCUUAGGAAGGGCGAGAAAGUGAUCGAGGGUCUCAUCUUGAUCAAUGACUGGCAAGGCAAGAAUUGGAAGCCAGAUACGCACUCGUAAAUCUAUGUUAUCGCCGUUGAUUAGCAAUGUCCACGUAGAAUAGAGAAAGCACCCAAGGCGUAAGGUCUGUGGAUAACCAAAACACUAUCUCCGCAUCGCUGUGAGGUCCGGAAACCACCUCAAUCAUUAUGAUAGUCCUCCUCACCGUUUCUCCCGAACGAGAAUUCAUCGAUCUGCCGUAUAUCAAAGCCGGAUAGACCUAGCACGGCCCCAACUACCCGCGCAAACGCGGACGCCGAGACAUCAAGCCCCCAAGACGUCUCGUCUGCGCGCAUCGGGAAUUCAGCC